ACUCUUCAAGAUGGGACGUCGCCCUGCCAGGUGCUACCGCUACUGCAAGAACAAGCCGUUCCCCAAGUCCAGGUACAACCGAGGUGUGCCCGACCCCAAGAUCCGCAUCUACGACCUGGGCCGCAAGAAGGCUUCCGUCGACGACUUCCCCUUCUGCUGCCACCUCGUCUGCGAUGAGCACCAGCAGAUUACCUCGGAGGCUCUCGAGGCCGCCCGUAUUUGCGCCAACAAGUACAUCACCAAGACCUCGGGUAAGGACUCUUUCCACCUGAGGGUCCGUGUCCACCCCUUCCACGUCAUCCGCAUCAACAAGAUGUUGUCCUGCGCCGGUGCCGAUAGGCUCCAGACUGGUAUGCGUGGUGCCUACGGCAAGCCCUACGACACCGUCGCCCGUGUCGACAUUGGCCAGAUCCUCCUCUCGGUCCGCACUCGCGAGUCGAACCGCGCUACCGUCAUGGAGGCUCUCCGUCGCUCUCGUUACAAGUUCGCCGGUCGCCAGAAGAUCAUCAUCUCGAAGAAGUGGGGCUUCACCAACAUGAACAAGGACCAGUACCAGCAGGCCAAGGCUGAGAACCGUGUCAUGAGGGACGGAUGCUACCUCCAGUACCUCAACGACCACGGACCCCUCGAGAAGAACCUCAAGAUGCGUGCUCAGGUCGCUGCCAACAACGCCAAGUAAUUGGUGCGUGGCCGACUUACGACUCGUUCUUGUCUCCUCACUCUGUACAAUGUCCCCGCUCGUCCAUCAUCACGAUGAGCUCACAGCAAUGCCAUUGUGAUGUCGGGCUUCCCAUCGUGCGUGCGUGAGCGUGAAGGAGAGGACAGAAAGACAGCGGAAGUUGAGUGUUGCAGAGCAGGGCUCAGAAAGGGCUCGAGGGGCGGGCGGUGCAAUGAGCAGCGAUGACGAGGGGCUGUGGGCCACAAGGUCGUCCGGCCCCACCUGCCAACAUCUACAGUGAUUGUGCGUUUGUUCCUUUCUUGCCCUGCAAGAUUCCAAUGCUUGUCUCAAUCCAUUGCU